CUCGUUUUCUCGGCAUCUAAACGAAAAGUAACCGAUAUAAAUCCAACCUCUUACGGUACUCAACGGAAGAGCUCUCCCUCCACCAAAACGGACCUUAACAAACAGACGGAAUAUUCCGUUUUUGGUCAACAGAAUAUUCCUCCUCCGACGAUGAAUUCCCCAAACCGAGGCGAGGAGUCACCAAAGGAGGAACCUGACAGAGACAAAGAUGCAGCUGAGGAAUCCGAAUCCAAACGCCUAUUGCCAUCCCAAUCUCCUUCGCUGUCGUCAGAUGAUGAAAACGAGGUGGCAUUCGAGUCCCGAGAGAAAGUCGUGAUCGUCGACCUGGAAACGCCUGAAUCCAUCCUAAAUGUCGAUUACGUCCCUCCGUUUUCAUGGAAGAAGCUCUGGUUGUUUACGGGUCCGGGGUUUCUAAUGAGUAUAGCAUUUUUAGAUCCGGGGAAUUUGGAAGGGGAUCUCCAGGCUGGGGCAAUUGCGGGUUACUCUUUGCUUUGGUUGUUGAUGUGGGCAACCGUCAUGGGCCUGCUUAUCCAAUUGUUGUCGGCUAGGGUCGGAGUGGCAACAGGCCGGCAUCUUGCGGAGCUUUGCCGAGAGGAAUAUCCGACUUGGGCUCGAUUGGUGCUGUGGUUCAUGGCGGAAUUGGCGCUUAUUGGAGCUGAUAUUCAAGAGGUUAUCGGCAGUGCUAUAGCUAUCCAAAUUUUGAGUAACGGUGCUUUGCCGCUAUGGGCUGGUGUCUUAAUUACCGCUUCGGAUUGUUUUGUCUUUUUAUUCCUGGAGAAUUACGGAGUCAGGAAACUAGAAGCUGUUUUUGCUGUAUUGAUUGCUACUAUGGCUUUAGCAUUUGCUUGGAUGUUUGGUGAUACAAAACCCAAUGGAAAAGAACUACUAAUUGGUAUUUUGGUUCCUAGACUUGGCUCGAAAACGAUUCGACAAGCAGUGGGGGUUGUGGGUUGUGUCAUAAUGCCUCAUAACGUAUUCUUACAUUCUGCUUUGGUACAAUCAAGAGACAUAGAUCCCAAAAAGAGAGGCCGGGUUCAAGAGGCACUAAACUACUACACAAUUGAAUCAUCUGUUGCGCUUCUAGUUUCCUUCAUGAUCAAUUUAUUUGUGACAACAGUCUUUGCCAAGGGAUUCUAUGGCACAAAACAAGCAAAUAACAUAGGACUAGUUAACGCAGGGCAGUAUCUUGAGGAGAAGUAUGGUGGAGGGCUCUUUCCAAUUCUCUACAUAUGGGGUAUUGGCUUGCUAGCAGCUGGACAAAGUAGUACAAUAACUGGCACGUAUGCCGGUCAGUUUAUAAUGGGAGGUUUUCUCAACCUUCGUCUGAAGAAGUGGUUGAGGGCAUUGAUUACGCGUAGCUUUGCAAUUGUGCCAACUAUAGUUGUAGCUCUCGUGUUUAAUACAUCUGAAGCUUCGUUGGAUAUUUUGAAUGAAUGGCUUAAUGUGCUUCAGUCAAUACAAAUUCCUUUUGCACUGAUCCCGCUUCUAACCUUGGUCUCCAAGGAGCACGUCAUGGGGGUCUUUAGGAUUGGGCCUACUCUUGAGAAACUGGCCUGGACUGUAGCUGCACUGGUAAUAGUAAUCAAUGGGUAUCUUUUACUGGAUUUCUUUGUUUCUGAAGUAAAGGGGCUGCUGUUUGGACUAUUUAUCUGUAUUUGGACAGCUGCAUAUAUAGCAUUCAUAGUUUAUCUCAUUUCACGUGGUGGUGCUCUUCCUUCCACCUGGUUCAGCAUAGAACUAUCCAAGAGAUUUUCUGCGAAUGGAACUUAAUCAAGAAGCGCAGUCAGCGCUAGGAACAUCAAAUUCUUAGAAGUAUGUAGCUGUCUGCAUAAGCCUCCAAAUAGCAUGAUGGCAGUUGUUCAAUGUUGCAAAAGAUAAACCAUUCAUUUGGUGCAUCAACAAGCUUUAACACAUAUCCAAACAAAAUUGGUUCCAGAUUGCUACCGAUGUGCUUGUCAGAGCUGCACGGAGUUAUAUUUCAUCCUGGAGGAUAGAGUAAACACUUUUCCAACCUGCAGGCGGCUAAAACUACUUCCAUCCCUGUAAUAGGUUUUAUCAUGUCCAUUUUCAAAUUAGAAAAAGAAGAAACGUCUUAGUUUGAUAUUCUUUGAUGUAAGAACUCCUCAUGUACCAUAGCCAGACUGCCAUUCUUGUUUCCCCAAAAGGGACUUAUACAAUACAACAACUCAAAUUUGCAAA